AUGACAUUUUUAAUAAGCAUUUUAAUGAUAGGUCUGCCAAUAAUACCUGUCCUCAUUUUGUGUCAGUUUAAAAAGAUGGAGAAAAAGAAGAAGACUGUGCUUUCUGUAUCACGUUUUCCUGCAAUUGAAAAUAAUGACUCAGAUAGAAAACAAACUGCUGACGACACAACACAUUUAAUGGAAAAGAAAGAGCCUGAAGAACAAAACAAGGUACUGAAUCAGAUUAAUGCGCCAGUUACGGGAAAAUUUAAAUCUGUCGAAGUAAUCCACAGAACUGGAACACCAAUGUGGGUCACGACAAAUCAUGACAUUGAGCAUGUUGCCGAUGGUAGUUUACAAACGCAGAAGUGCAAAGACCGAGGGGGAAGAAAUUAUCAAAUUAUUGGUGAUUUGGAUACCACCGAUUCAUCAUAUGAAUAUUCAUUAGAGAAUACGCUCGCUAUGGAAUCACUCGAAAUGAUUAAAGGAAAAUAUGGCGUGAAACUGGAAGGUGAGGAGAUCGAUCAUCAAUUGGGAAAAGCACUGCAACAAAGUGAUUCAUCAGACUAUUCAUUAUUUGAUUCGCAGUCAUCAAGGAGGGACAUUCGUGAACAACGAUUUCGAUUACUCAAAUUAAAUACAUCGAUAGCCCGACGAGCAGCUGCUGCGUUAGAAGACACACAUCUCGAAAUUUUCGAUAUCCCCAUACACCGGCGCGCAUUUUUUCGAGUUGUUUCAAGGCGAAAAGGUAGAGCUUACAAGUUGGCAUUUAAAAUAUACAAACUAUUCAUCUGGAAGUUCAAGUCAUAA